AUGAGAAAAAUUUAUACUUUAGUUACUAAAGACUGUUUUCUGACAGCUGCCAGUGGGAGAAGUGGUGCCAUAUUAGACAGUAUUUCAAAGUUUCAGUCAGCGGCCAUGAUAUGUGACAGAGCAACCCGUGAACACUCUAAUUAUGUAAUAUGGAAAACACCGGAUAGAAAUAUUAUAACUUCUAAAACUCAAACAGACAGAAUUAAGAUAUCUGGUCCUUAUCUUAUCAUACACAAUUUAAAAGAAUCUGAUAGAGGAUUAUAUAAGUGUGCUUUGUUGUCAAAAUUACCAUAUACAAUGUCAACUCAUGACUGUCGAAGUCAUCUAUGUUUAAAUGGUGGACAAUGUAUAGAACAGUCUCAUAUCGGUGUUUCCAAUUCACUAUUUGUUUGUAUAUGUAAAUCUGGUUAUGGCGGUGUCUAUUGUGCUGAAGAGAUUGGUUUACGAAGUGCACAUAUUAUUGGUAUUGUUUUUCUUGUAAUAACUUUGGGUACAGCUAAAGUACUGAUUCUAUAUUUUUGUUGCAGGUUUCGAAAAUCUGUAGACUUUAAAAUAUUGAAAGAGAUAACUAAAGAAGACGGUACCAAGAAAUCAGUUGUUGAAAGGCUAAAAUCAGCACUAUUAUGUUGUAAGGGACCAAAUGAUGAGGUCAAUGUUCAGAAGACAAACGUUAAAUCAAAGCCCCCUCAAAAGACUAAAAAUGUACCAAAAGUAAUGAAGGAAACUCAAACAUUGCCUGAAGCAGUUUUAACCAUGGAAAAUAAUCCAAGUGCUAAAAAGGGACAGAGCUCUACUAGUAGGAACACAUUAUUUGGUGUUAGAUCUUCGUUAAAAGAUGAUAUUAAUAAUCUUUUAGAUGGAGUCACGGGGGCCAUCAAGAAAGGGUCAACCAACGUAAGGAGCAGUAAACCUAAAGUUGUGAAAGACACCGAUAAUUCUUUAGAUAACAUUAUCAAAGGUAUAAAAAAGCAUAUUCCAUGUACCUCUAAAGAGAAAUCUCCAUCAGCUUUCAGGAGGAAUACCUUGACAGUUGGUGGAACUACUACUGGAAGUAUUAGGAAUGCAAGAGACCCCUCCACAGCUAUGAACAACGUCUCCAUCGAUUCAAAUUCAGAUACCACAAGUAUACAUGAUACUGACAGCGAAUACGAUAUUGAGAAUAAGCGUUCCAAACAUUCUUUUGGCGAAACUUUAUACUACCCAAUCCCAGCAGUUAAAGCUAUACCCAUGACCACUGAUAAUAAACCAGAUGAUAAUUCAAAAAAAACUUCUGAAGAUUUAAACAAUUCUUUAUUAGAUCAUGCAAGAGUUAUUUUGUCCUCUGGAACCAAUAUUUCUUCUCAAAAUGAAGGCCCUGGUAUCAAAACAGAUAAUUCUAACAUACAAUUAAAUUUUUCCGUUUCAAAGGAAGAUGCAGUUGGGAAGAAACCUGAAAAAUUGUAUUCUAGGAAAGAAGAUAUAAAAGUUUCUGAUAAAUCAACCAAAUCUAUGGGAAAUGCUAUCAGAGGUCUGGGAGAGAUUGAAAUGUGUACAACUGGAGAUUACGAAUUGAAAUCAGUACCAUUUAAAAUUACAUCAUUAUCAGAUAGAAGUGCCGAGAACAAGAAAGUCUACCAAGUCACACCACAUCCAAAAAUGUUACAAAGUAAACCUUUAGCUGUUGACCCGAAAGAAAACAACCAAUCUGAAAUUGGAAAAAAGGCUGUAGCGGAUUCUGAUUCUGAAAGAGCCCAGAACGCCCAAGUCAAAACGAUAGAAUUUUCAGAAACCGUCAAUGAUCGAGCAAGACAAACAGAUUCAGAAACACCAAGUGCCAAGUUUGAAGCUUCUGGUUCAAUAUCAGAUGAUCCUAAGAAAAGAGAAAUAUCAUCAAGAUUAGAAAUUUUAAGUGAUGAAUUUAAGAAAAUAGAUGAUACCGUAUAUUGCAAUACACACAAAACAAGUGUUUUUAUUGAGGCUUUGAAUAACAUUGGACACUAUAUAGUAUCAUGUGAACAUGGUUUCAUGCCUAUGGUCAUUGAUGACGAAAUGUUUUCAAUAUGUUGCAGAGAACACCAUCUUCGCAUAUCAGAUUUGCUCGAUGGGUAUACUGCUGGUUACUCAAAAGGUCAGCAUGAGAAGAGUUCAAAUCAAUCUAAUUUGGAAAACAGCACUAUACCAAGCCAUACAAAUGACAAAAUGUUACAGUCUCCGAUGGAAGAAGUAAAAUCUAUGCAUAUUUCAGGAUGUGACAAAGAAAGAUUCAUUUCAAUGGACGAUUUUUUUAUAAAAUCUAUCACAAUUACGCCUUCCUCAUCAGUUGGUAGUGUUGAGAGCAAUAAAUCCUACCAAAUCUCUUCUCGUUCUAAACCUAUACAAUCACCAAAACUCACAGAAGUGGAAUUAUACAGAGCUCCAUUGUCACCGUCACCAACUGAUGGAUUUAACAGUGUGCCGAUGGUACUACCUCAAACAGAAGAAGCCAAAUCUAUCCUUACUUCAGAACAUGACAGAGGUAGUUUUAAUUCCGCGCCAAUAACUAGUGAUUUCUUGUUGAAAUCUGGCAUAAUUACGCCUUCCACAUCGGUUGGUAGUAUUAAGAGCGAGGAAUCUUAUCAAACACUUUCUAAAUCAUUGCUCUCACCACAACGCACAGACAAAGUGGAAUUAUGCAGAGCUCCAUUGUCGCCGUCACAGACUGGUGGAUUUAAAAGUGCUCCGAUGGUACCACCUCGAACAGAAGAAGCAAAAUCUAUUCUUUCUUCAGAACAUGACAAAGGAAAAUUGAAUUCUGUGCCAAUAAAUUGUGAUUUCUUGUUGAAAUCUUUCACAAUUACGCCUUCCACAUCGGUUGGUAGUAUUGAGAGCGAAAAAUCCUAUCAAACCUCUUCUCUUUCUCAACCAUUGCCCUCACCACAACGCAGAGACAACGUGGAAUUUUACAGAGCUCCAUUGUCGCCUUUAAAGACUGAUGGAUUUAUAAGUGGUCCGAUGACACCACCUCGAACAGAGGAAGCCAAAGGAAGUUUGAAUUCAAGAAGUUUUGAGUCAAAAACUGGGGAUUUCUUGUUGAAGUCUAUCACAAUUACGCCUUCCGCAUCGGUGUGCAAUGUUAAAAGCAAGAAAUCCCACCAGACAUCAACUGAAAUAUUGAUGUCAGGCGAUUCAGCACAGCCCAAAAUCGAUUUAUUGGCAUCGUCGCAUUCUGAUAGUAUUUACAGUGCUGCAUCAUCACUGUCUCGGACUGGUGGAGCAAAAAAUUCCACUGAAACUAAGACGAACUGUCAAUCUGGUUACGAAAGAAUCGAUCGAUCUAAUAAUUGGGAUGUCUGUGAACGGAAAGUAGGUGAACAGGUUGAUAAAGAAAUUGAGGAAGACUUUCAAAAUCUGAAGAAAGCUGAUCCACAGUUAUUAUCACAGUUUCAGACUGUAAGUACCCCGAAAAAGGGAGACAAAAUUUCCUUGAUUGCUCAAGAGCUUUCUUUCGGUAAACAAGAAAUACAUGACAUUUCUAAUGUUUCCCUGAAGUCCAUGCCUAAUUUAGAUGAAAGUCAAUACUUCAAUCCAAUAGAAAACAUAUCUGAGGAUUCACAAAAUACAACCAAAUCAACUGAUAAUGGAUCUAAUGACAUGUCACUUUUGUCUGCUACUGAAAAAGGUCAGAGCAGUGUAAAGGAUGGAACCGGAAGAUAUGGAGGUAAAGAAAGUGUAGAUUUAAGUGAUGCGAAUUAUACAUUUAGCCCUGAGACAACAGAAAAUUGUUCAUCUAUUACUAAUCCUGGAUUAUCUGAGAAGAAACCUGAAACUUCCGCCAACCUAUCAAAACAAAUUUCUAUUAACAGUAAAACCACAAUCAUUUCAAGCAGUGAUAGUAAGAUGAAUAGUUCCCCCCAAGGUUUAGUCGCCAUAUCAAGACACUCGAGUCUCAAUGAACUUGAAGAUGUAUGUGCCGUUCAAGGCAACGGAGAGUCAUGCGCCAAAUCAGACCAGCUCGCAUCUCAUUCUAAUGAUACCUCUGCUAAUGACUUAACGGAGAGAAAAGCCUACAGCGCUGACAACAAUUCAGUCGAUAUAUCUUUGUCAACUAGCAUUACUGUAAGUUCGAAUGCUCCACAUUCUAAUCCGUUAUUUGAUCCAGAUGAUAACUCUUCAGUUCACACUGUCGGUUCAGUAAAACGAUUAUCAACCCUUGUGUCCCCCAAUCUCAAGCCAGUUUCACCAUUGAACCUCGACAAAUCGAACAACGUGACUGGCGAACCAAAUAAACAAAAUAUAUCACAUUUGAAAAUAGAUAAAUCUUCCCAGAUUCCGCCGAAGGUUUCAAAUAAUAUCUUUCCUGGGAAUAUGUCUUAUAAAAUAUUUACAGAUCCACUACAUGAAUCUAUGUUGAUUGAAUCAGCUCCCGUUACAGAAAGAUGUACAAAAUAUUCCCAAUACAUUAAGCAAAACACUGAUUCGACAGCCAAUGAAGGAAUUGAUGAAGACACUAUGCCUCAAGAAAGGGAUCUAACUGAAACAAAUCAAUAUUUCCCUAAUACGAUAACAGAACCUUCUCUCCAAAAUCGCGAUAACGAUUCGAUGAGUCGUUCUACAUCCUUUUAUUCGGUGGACGAUACACCAAUGACUUUACCGUAUGUGACAAAUACACAUGACAAGAACACGCAGUAUUCCUCAGAAAUUCGUAAUAGUUGUGUAGCAGAGGUGUCCUUAGAGACAAAAACGUUUGCUGUUACUGAUGCUGAUGAAGUUUAUGAUGAAUAUUUUAAUAUGAGCAAAUUUAAGAGGAUAAUGUGCCCUAUCCCAGAGGAAGAAGAUUCUUUGGACGGAUCUGUGGAGUUCAAAUCACCAUAUACUUCGACGACCGAAUUCGAAUCUGUGAUAGAUUCUGAAUCUAACAUCUUAAGACCAUCAGCUUCUGAUUAUAAAAGUCCUUGGCCAUCAGAGUAUUGGUUGCUUAAAAAUAGGGGUGAAGAGAAUGAUAAUGUAUCAGAUGAAACGUGGUUGUAUACCGAGAGCAAUAAUAGUUGUCUUUGUGAUGGUAACGAAAGGGCUUCAAGCCCAGUAUGGAGUAGCUUUUAUCAGGACGACGAUAAGCCAAACCCUGCACAGUUUUAA